AUGGCUCCUCAAUUGAAAAAAAAGGGCCUGAAGGCUUUCCAAAAACCUUUACCAAAGAUCGUCGACAACGAUGAUCCGGAAGCCAAGAAUAAAGCUUUAACCUCCAAGUCAUCAUCUACUUCUUCUCUUCCUGAUGCUCCAUGGAUGUAUCAGGUUGGUUUGUAUACUGUCACUAUACUAGCCUUUAUUACUCGUUUCUACUCCAUCAAUUAUCCUGACGAAGUGGUGUUUGAUGAAGUGCAUUUUGGUAAAUUCGCGUCUUACUAUCUUCAAAGAACAUAUUUCUUUGAUCUUCAUCCUCCAUUUGCUAAACUUCUUAUUGCCUUUGCCGGGUGGAUCAUUGGUUAUGACGGGAAAUUCAAGUUUGAAAAUAUCGGCGACAAUUAUAUAACCAAUAAUGUUCCUUACAUCGCCUACAGAACUCUUCUGGCAAUCCAAGGUACCAUCACCAUUCCAAUCGUUUAUUUGACCAUGAAACAAUUGAACUACAGAGUUAUCACUUGUUUAUUUGCCUCAAGUAUUGUGUUGUUUGACAAUGCCCAUGUCGCAGAAACUAGAUUGAUUCUUCUUGAUGCCACAUUGAACUUGACUGUCGCAUUACUGAUCUAUUGUUACGUGAAAUUUUCUAAGCAACGUCAUCAACCAUUCUCUGUGAACUGGUGGAAAUGGCUUUUUUUAACUGGGGUCUCUUUGUCACUUGUGAUUUCCACAAAGUACGUCGGGGUUUUCACAUUCUUGAUGGUUGGUCUUGGUGUAUUCAUUGAACUCUGGAAUAUUUUGGACUACCGUCAAGGCCACACCAUCAAAUACUUUGGUAAACAUUUUGGAGCCAGAGUUUUUGGGCUUAUUGUCUUGCCAUUUGUUCUUUACUUAUCCUGGUUCUGGAUCCAUUUUGCUGUCUUGACUCGUUCUGGUCCAGGUGACGCUUUCAUGUCCCCAGAAUUUCAAGAAACUCUUGCUGAUUCUCCAUUGGCCAAAGAUGCCAAAGAGAUUUUCUAUUAUGAUAGUUUAACUGUUCAACAUAAGGAUACCGAAGCUUUCCUUCACUCUCACGAAGCCACUUACCCAUUGCGUUACGAUGACGGCCGUAUUUCUUCCCAAGGUCAACAAGUUACCGGUUACAAGGGAGAAGAAUUCGAUCCUAAUAACUAUUGGCAAAUUCUCCCGGCUAAAGAUUUUAAGCCAGAAGAAGCCAAGGGUAAGCCUGUCAAAUUGGGGGAUACUAUUAGAUUGUACCAUCCUGCCACCAAAUCUUUCCUUUUAACUCAUGAUGUUGCUUCCCCAUUCUAUCCAACUAACGAAGAGUUCACUACCAUUGAUACCGAAAAGGCAUUGGGAGACAAAUACAACUACACUCUUUUCAAACUUGAAUCACACGAUAAGAAGGGUGGAAAAUUGAAGACCAAGGCUUCGAUUUUCAGAUUAUUGCACAUUCCAACUGUGGUUGCCAUGUGGACCCAUGAUGAUAAACUCUUGCCAGAAUGGGGGUUCAACCAACAAGAAGUCAAUGGUAACAAGAAAGUUGCAGAUGGCUCUAACUUGUGGUUCUUUAACACCAUUGCCAGUCUUACUGCCGAAGACCCUCGUAGUUCUUAUGUUCCAAAGAAAAUUCGUCACAUUCCAUUUUUGAAAAAAUGGUUUGAACUUCAAAGAUUGAUGUUUUACCACAACAAUAAACUUUCUUCUGAACAUCCAUUCGCGUCAUCUCCUGAAUCUUGGCCAUUUUCUCUUAGUGGUGUUUCAUUCUGGACCAAAGAUGCUACUCGUGAACAAAUUUACUUCAUUGGUAAUAUUAUUGGGUACUGGAUCGAAGUUUCAUUCAUUUUUGUGUUUAUUGGGCUUGUUAUCGCAGACCAACUUACCCAACGCAGAAACUACCAUCCUUUGAGCGACAGUGCCAGAAAUAGAUUGUACAACACUCUUGGAUUCUUCUUCCUCGGAUGGUGUGCCCACUAUUUCCCAUUCUUCCUUAUGGGACGUCAAAAGUUUUUGCAUCAUUACAUGCCAGCCCACCUCAUUGCUGCAGAAUUCAGCGGGGCGGUAUUUGAAUUUGUGUUUAGUGAUAACAGAGGUCCAGAUUUACUCACAGAGGCUGAAAAAGUGGAGACCAAGAAGAGUAAGUCUAAGAUUACCGAGGUCAACAAACUCGGUUUAAUUAUUGGGUUCUUGGUUUUGACUGGUGCCAUUAUUUGGUGUUUUGUGUUCUUUGCUCCAUUGACUUAUGGUAACAGAGGAUUAAGUGUUGAGGAGGUGUUGCAAAGAAAAUGGUUGAACAUGAGCUUGCACUUUGCAAAAUAG